UGGAGUCGCGGCGGCGCCGCCGGCCUAGGGAGCGGGUGGGGUGGCUUUGGAGUUAGGCACUCCUCCUAGCUGCUGGCGCUAUGUUGGCUGCUGCGAAUCGGGCCCCACGGCUGGCUGGGAUGUGACAGGGGGUCCUUCCCCUUACCUGCGGUGCUUGGACCGUAGGUCGCUGGGUGAACCGAAGGUGGGCCGCGGCCGGCCGGCGAGGAAGAACGCGGCCGCACGAUUUUGUCGAAUUUUAAGAACAAAUGUACAUUAUAGCUCAUGGAAGAAAAAACACAAAUCAAGGCUUUUUUGGGUUCCAAGUUGCCAAAGUAUGGAACAAAAUCUGUAAGAAGUACACUGCAGCCAAUGUCAAGUGGGGCACCCGUUAAUUUAUUAGGAACUUCCAAGAGUAACAAUGUGAAAAGUUACAUAAAAAAUAAUGGCUCUGAUUGUCCAUCAUCUCAUCCAUUGAAUUGGAGACCGGCAACUAAAUACCAACUUAGUGCACAAAGUACUGAAGAGUCUAAUGAUACCCAAAGUUCACCUGAUAAAGUAAUUAAUCCUGAAAAACAUACACCUGCUCAAGGAAUGUUUGCUAAAAAUGGGAUAAAGGGAGGUUUGAAAAGUGUUUCUUUAUUCACAUCAAAGUUAGUAAAGCCAUCCACUAUGCUCUUAUCAUCUACAGAAGAGUUAAAACAAAAGUCUUUGCCAGGACCAUCUAAUUUGGGUAAAUUCACCAAAGGCACAUUAUUAGGAAGGACUUCAUAUUCUUCAAUCAGUGCUCCAAAAUCACAGCUGAAUGGAUUUUUUGGAAAUCGAUUGGCUGGUAGCAUACAAAGGCCUAGAGCAAACUCCUGUGCUACCAGAAGCAGUUCUGGAGAAAGUUUAGCACAAUCCCUAGACAAUAUUAAAUCUCUUACUUGUGAAAAAAUGGUAAGGUCACAGAGUUUUUCACAUUCCAUUCAGAAUUCAUUCCUUCCACCUUCAUCUAUAACCAGAUCACAUUCCUUCAAUAGAGCUGCAGAUCUUAGUAAGCCUUAUCAGAACCAACAGCUGCCCAUUAGAGUGCCUCUGAGGUCAACUGUGCUAACAAGAAACUCCCAGCAGUCAGAAGUAUUCAGUGGGAAUGAACUAGGGUAUGGAUUUAAUAGGCCUUAUGCUGCUACUGGAAAGAAGUUGGCGAUACCAAAUGGCCCAGGUAUAACUUCCACUUUGGGUUAUAGGAUGGCUCAUCCCCCUCUACUGAAAUCUAGUCGAUCUCCAUUUUCUGGGACUAUCACAGAAGAUGGUAACAAAAAUUCACCUGCUGGCACAUAUGUAAAGGAAGAUACUGUACUUCUGGCUAAGGACAGAGCUACUGACAAGGACCAAGAGCUAAUUGAAAAUGAUAAUUAUAGAACAGAAAAUGGUCAGACCAUGAAGCAUGAUGCUAAAAUUAGAUACUUGAGUGAUGAUGUGGAUGACAUUUCCUUGUCUUCUUUGUCAUCAUCUGAUAAGAAUGAUUUAAGUGAAGACUUCAGUGAUGAUUUUAUAGAUAUAGAGGAUUCUAACAGAACUCGAAUAACUCCAGAGGAAAUUUCUCUCAAAGAAGAAAAGCAUGAAAAUGUACCAUCAAAGGAUGUAUUUGAUUCCCCCAAGGAAAAUGAAAAAUCCAUCAGUAAAACUGAUGACUGGAUAGAUAUAAGUGUCUCUGAAAGGAGUGAAUGUACGAAACAUAAUUCUGGGAAUAACUUGAUUUCACCAGAUACAGACUACAGAGUUGGUUCUUCAUUUGAACUCUCUCCAUCUGAUAGCUCUGAUGGAACGUAUAUGUGGGAUGAAGAGGGCUUGGAGCCCAUUGGAAAUGUCCACCCAGUUGGGAGCUAUGAGUCCUCCGAAAUGAACAGCAUAGAUAUUCUGAAUAAUCUUGAAUCAUGUGACCUUGAGGAGGAUGACCUUAUGCUGGAUGUGGAUCUGCCUGAGGAUGCACCUCUUGAAAAUGUGGAGCGUGACAAUAUGAAUCGCUUUGAUCGAUCAGACAGAAGUGUCCGGCAGUCUCAGGAAGGAUUUUGGAAAAGGCCACCCCAGAGAUGGAGUGGACAAGAACAUUACCACCUCAGCCAUCCUGACCGCUAUCAUCACCAUGGAAAAAGUGACUUGAGCAGAGGCUCUCCCUACAGAGAAUCUCCUUUGGGUCAUUUUGAAAGCUAUGGAGGGACCCCCUUUUUCCAGGCUCAGAAGAUGUUUGUAGAUGUACCUGAAAACACAGUGAUACUGGAUGAGAUGACCCUCCGGCACAUGGUCCAGGAUUGUACUGCUGUAAAAACUCAGUUGCUCAAACUGAAACGUCUCCUGCACCAGCAUGAUGGAAGUGGUUCAUUGCAUGAUGUCCAGCUAUCAUUACCAUCUAGUCCAGAACCAGAAGAUGGUGAUCAAAUAUGUAAGAGUGAAGAUUUAUUAAAUGAAAUAAAACAACUUAAAGAGGAAAUAAAGAAAAAAGAUGAAAAAAUCCAACUAUUAGAACAUCAGCUUGCAACUCGAUGUAACUGUCACCACAAAUCUAAAGAGGAAAAAUGCACAUAUGUCGAUAAAUAUACUCAAACACCCUGGAGAAGAAUUCCUCCUCAAGUACUACAGCCUUCCAGCAGCCUUCCCAGACUCACAGACCACACCCAGGGAAAACUAAUAAAAUUGCAACAUACGGAGGACCACAGUGAAUGCACAACCCAGGGCAUACAUCAAGGUACUGCGCAUCUGGAUGAAAGCUUUACACAUAACUUGCAACAAGAAAGCAACAGUGGUGUGGAAGAUUGGCCUUUUUCCUCAAGCCCACAAUUCACUAAGGAUGUGGCUAAGAGUAUACCUUCAGAAGCAGACUUGAACACGACCAUGGAUGCUCAAGAGCCUUAUCAUUUGGCAAAUGAUCAAAUUAAUGACUUGCAGAUUGUACCCACUUCUCCUCAAACACUUACCCAGUCAAGUGCAGUCAACCAGGCUAAGAGAGUUGGAAGAAAUCAGUCUUCAUUGGAGGACUACACGUGUCAGCCCAAAUCCUUACAGCUUUUUAAGCCAUCCAUCUUAAAUUCUUUGGUACCUCCUUCAGUUUCUGAAUCAUCUUCCAGUAGGACUCCCACUUAUAGGAACUCACCAAUAAUUGCACCAUGUAAUUCAGCAAAACUUAAGCUAACAUCUAGUCAAACAAAUCUUGCAAACAAUCUAAGUCUAAAAGCAUCUAAGCUCCGCCCUCCUUCUAGCUCUUUCAAACAAAAACAAAUAAGCAACCCCCGACCAGAGGCUCAAAACUUUCAGGCCAAGACAAGCAUCCCAAGGCCACUAACAAAAAGAAAAGAGAUCAUGCAGAAUCCGAAUGGCAAUUUGAAUUCUGGGGAUUGUUUGGCUUCUAAUCGAUAUUCUCGUCUUCCUAAACCAAAGAUGCAUUAAGUACAUAGCCAUCACUUGCCAAUUUGUUGUUUUAAAAAACAAUCUGUUCUGUAAUAGCUUUACAUGCAGUUUGCUGCCAUGAUGGAGCUUGCAAAAUCUCAAAAAUUAAAAUAUAGAUCCUUCUACUAGUUUGGGCUUUUCCAUUUUAUAUACUGGUUGAAGUACAUAGCAUUUGAGUGUAUUUGUCUCAGGUAAACACAGAGUUUGCUUACCCAUCUCAGAGGCCUACAGACAGUUCUAAAUCAUGUUGUCCAUACCUUGGCACAUCAGAAAAUCUAUAAUAUUUCGCCUAGCAGGCAAGAAAUAUGCUUUGCUUAGUUAGUCCUUUUAAGGUCUUCAUUAAUUGUGGUUCUCAGAUCCUUUUUUUCACUUGUACCUCUUGUGAAUAUGGUAUUAUUUUAAAUAAAGAUUUGGUGAUAAUGGAAGAUGAUAGUCUGUAAGCAGAGUUCUGGCCAGUAGUUUGUAUAUUUAAAAAGUCUAUACAAAAGCUCUGUGAUAAAUAAAGGAGAUCAGGCCUUCAAUGGGAAGUCUACGUAAGUUUUCUUUUCCCUAGGAUCAGCAAACUACUCUCAGUGUUUAUUUACCAAAUAACCCAGGCUAAAAUAUUUCAUAUUAUAUAUAAAUCAUUUAUAUAUUACUUAAACAUUUUGUUUUAUACACACACACACCAUUGUGUUUCUUUUUGCUACUGGAUAAAUUUUGGGAAGCUUGAGAUAUAUCUUGAAACCCGUACCUAAAGCUGUAUUCAUUUACAACAUGUUGGUGCUAGAGUUUUGCUGGUAAUUUAGUUUUAAGCCCUACAGGCUUAUGGAUCCAUGAUAGCUGUUUCAGAGUUCCAUCGCAUAUAUAUUGUCUUUAUUGUAAUAUGUAUAUUUAUUUACUUUCUGCUAAUAUCUGAAGACUGGAAUAAUGGACUUGAAAUGUUUGCACAAAACUUUGAUGGGCUAUAAAUAUCUCAUAAAUAGGGAUUUAAGACUUUUCUGCAGCAAAACAAGUUAAAAUGUUUUGACAAUAAUUAUAAACUUAAGUAAGACUAUCUUGAAAGCUAGCUAUUCACAGUACUUUUGUUUUGCUGAGUUUUUCAGGUUUCCCUUUGUUGGUAUAUGUUUGAAUGACAGUUUCUUAAAAAGUAGAUUUUAGAAACAAACAGAGAGGGGAAAUUAUGUUUCAUUAAAAAGUAUUAAAAGAUAUUUCAAUGGCAGUAUGUUUAUUUAAUGUGCUAGGAAGGUAGCAGUGGAACCCCCAAGGGACCAGACAUACUAACCUAAUCAUGCUGCGGGCGCUCUUCAGAUGGUUCAGUAAAUUUGCCCUCCUGUUCUCUCAAAUCAUGUCCUCUUUCGGUUAUUCACCUGUUUCUGCUUUAAUUAGAAUUAUUGUCUUUCAAAGAGAUAUGCUUUUACAAUGUAAAUUUGUGAUCAGCUGACCUUAAAAAUGUAUCAAAAGGGUCUUUGGCCAAAACAUCACUCAAAUUUGUAGGGAUUCCUUUUGAAAAUGUACAUUGGUGAAAUUGUGUGCCCCCUUUUAGAGAAAUAACAGCAUGUGUUUUGCUGCACAAGUGGCAAACACAAGGCCUGUGGGCCGAAUGUGGCCCUCCACCUUGUUUUAUCCCGCCCAGCACUUUGUUUCUACCCGGCAGCAGCACUGAGCUCUUGCUUAACUGUUAAGGAGUAGUUACAUUUAUACAGUCCUAAAAUUACAUUUGGCCCUUUGAAAGCAACUGUGAGGCUGAUGUGGUCCCUGGUGAAAAUGAGUUUGAUACCCCUGUUUUACUGUAAAGUUCGAGAGGUGAUUACUACCAUUUAGAUGCAGUCUUCCCUUACCAUUAGAGUGAAUUUGCCAUUCACUGGUUACAAAUCAUUCUUGGAUUUGGUAACAGGAGAGCAUCAUAUUCUCAUUCGACAACACUUCUUCAAGAGAAGCACACUAGUUCAGAAAAUGUGUCACAUUGUCCAGAUACUGUUAGUAUAAAGUGACUAGACAUACCAGCAAAACUCCGGUUUGUUCAUAGAGACGACCAGUGAUGGCCGCAGCUCUAAGUGGGUACGUGUAGCCCUUCGUUUUGAAGGAGAAAGAAAAUUUUUAUCUUGCAGAUGGGAUGUUAUCACACUAUAUUUCUUUAAAGUAAAACAUCAACUGAUGAAUUAGGAGGGUUUUGAUUAAUUUAGAAGUUGAUAAGAGACUUUUCAGGCACAUCAUUAGAGGGCAGGGUUCUUUGGAAAAGACAAUCCUGGGAAACUAGAAGGCAACAGGAAAAGAGGAAGACCAGCUUAUGAGAUGGAUCGACUCUGUAAUGUAAGUGAUAGGCAUGAGUCCACAGGAGCUGAGCAGGACUGGUGAGGACAGGACAUUGCAGACGCCCCUCAUCCAAAGGGUUGCCAGGAGUUGGAGCUGACUUCACAGCUUGUAACACCUACACACAUAGACUGUAAAAUUAUUUACAAGUAAGCCUUUAUCUUUAAGGGAAAGUUUUAGUUUUCUACAUUAUUUUUAACUCCCUAGUCUGAGGUCUGAAGGAAAUGUCUUUGUCUAUUACAUAAAAAUAGUGACUUCUGCAAUUUGUUUAUUCUGAUAUUUUUCUUCUCUUUUUUCUCCCUGAUGAAUUUGCAGAAGUAUGAGUCAACCCAUGAGUUCAAGUUCUGUACCUUUGUUGAGCCUUAAUCUUAGUAGAAGGCUGAUCGAGAUAUAGAUAUCUAUAUAUCUAUAUAUCUAUAAAUCUAUAUAUAUGGGUUUUUUUAAGAGGAAAAAAAUCAGGAUGCUUUCACAAAACAACAAAGUAUUUGCCUGCAGUUUUCUUUAAAUACUGCAAGAAUAUUACGUUAGGCUGCUCCUUAUUAACCAUUAAAUCAGAAACGAGGUGAGGACGUAGCUUGCCUUAAUCUCUGUUUAGUGCUUCUGUAAAUCAGCUCUGUGUCAAAACCCCCUCUACAAGCACUCAGAUCACUUUUUCUUAGUUCUUGUGUUUUCAGUGAAGAUGGUUGUAGUAUAUGAAUUCCAAGUCCAGGAAAUUUUCUGGGGAUUGGUUAAGUUUCACAUUUGUGAAAGAGAGAAACACUCCUGUAGGUAGAAUGAUAUGUUUGGCUGUUAAUGGGAUGCCUAUCAAAUUCUUUAAAGAAAGCUUGGUCUAGGCCCCAAGGAGUUUAUCAGUACAGAUGCAGAUAAUUUUAAUGCAUUAAAGGAUUACAUCAUUUAGAUGUUAAAUCAUUUAGAAUGUUUAUAAUAAGGACUGAGACCCUCUAAUAAUUUUUCUUUUGAAUUCUCAUUUUAAUUUGUGCCAUGUUUUCAGGCAUAUGGACUACUAUUCAUUGUAUUUAUAUAGAUAUUAGGGAAUCUAUUAAGUAUUUUAACAAGUAAAAACCUGAAUAUGAAAGAAAAUACCAGAUUUGCACUUUAAAUGAGCUUAAUUGUUGGGAGCUGUGUCUAAAAUAUUGAAAUGCCUCCUGUUAGGUGUGGCUUUUUUGUUGCAAUAAAUUUCUAAUUGUUGCUGUUUGAAGUAUAGCCUUUCACAGAAUUAUAUUCUCAGCAUGUCACUUUUUCCAUUAAAGCACUACAUUCUUUGAAUGUUUCAUUGACCCCUUAAGUAUUUUACACAAUACAUCAAAGAGAACAUGAUCCUCCUAUAGCUGUAAGUUCUGAAUCUUCCUAUAGUGUAGAUGGUGGUACAGACACAGAGGUACACGUUUCAUUUCUGAGCAAAGUUGUCAUGAUGGUUUCCUGGUCUCUAGGGCACUGGGGAUAUAAUUUGGAAUCACCAAAUAGGCUUGCAAUGAAGAUCAACAAGACUGCAGCACAUUUUAGUUUACUCUCAAACUUAUACAGUAGUUUUCAUGUUUAUAAAUUAGGGUGGUUAUGUUUGCAUGCUUAUGCACACAUUUGAAAAUUAAUUAUAGCUGUAAUCCAAAUACCUGAUACUUUCCUUUGGUACGAUGGCCUUGCUAUUUUUCUUAAUUCUGAUGCUUGGAUUAGAUUGUUCUAAUUUUCUUUCCACACCUCCCUUCAAUUUUUCUGCUGCAGUAAUUUGAAAGAAUAUGUAUAAAUAAAUUAUUGUGAUGGUGGGCACCAGUCUACAACUAUGCUGUUAACUAAAGAUACAUCUUAUGUUUUAAUGCUGAUAGGGAAAAGCUAUCCAUUUUCUCCUUAGUAAAGCAUUGCCAUAACAAAAUAAUACUGACCCUAAGAAUUUAAAGCCUCUAAGUCAUUACUAACUAAAAACAGAAAACACCACAGUCUUUAAUACCUGCAAUAUUUUUUCCCCAUGGAUUUAAAAAACCAGUUCAGAGUAAAUACUGUAUAUUAGAAUUUGCUUGUAAAAUGAAUUAUAAGAACUGAAUGUAAAGUCUUUUUCCUCAGAAUGUUGCAUAGUAAAUAAAAAUAAAGUCCAUAAUUAUAA